AUGUCUGUACACUUUGGUUUUCCGCCGUCAUCCCUGUUCAUCCUUGAUCAGGCUCAAAUAAAACUGACCAUUCCAACUCACCAAUUGGCAAAGUUCGGUAUAUCAACAGCAUUCUACACCAUCACCUUGCACCUGAGGGUCUCUCUCGUCGCUAUUUUCAUAUAUACCACUGUUGUAUUACUUCUGAAUGACAUGGACAGAAGGAGACACGGGAUGCCAUGGGCGAUAAACCAUAUGAGAAGGCAUGACACAUUCUAUACAGUUCUAGUGGAAGGCCUAUUCUGUCGAGGUGGGCAGAUCACAUCUUACAUGUCAAAGUUUUACGAAGUUAUCGACACUGCUAUUAUUCUUGCAAAAGGCCGACAGGCUUCACUUCACCAUAUCUACCACCAUGCAGGUGUAAUCCUUGUCUCAUGGGCGUUAGUCCGCUUUGAAUAUCCACCUGCAUUAAUCCUUUUUUUCCUUACUGCUGGUGUCCAUGCACUUAAGGUAAGCUCCAAUAAAUACACCUAUUAUGCAUUGAUAUCAAUUCAUGUGGCAGUGCCUCAAUCAGCUAAGGCUGUAAUGACCGUCAUCCAAAUAGUGCAGUUCUUCAUUGACCUUAUUGUGUGUCCAAGCUACCUCUUUGUCUUCUAUGAUAUUCCUCUGCACUAUGCUCGUUGCACCGAUUACAGGGAAAUGGGAGAUACUUUGGACACCCGGGCAUCUCGAGAUGCUGGCACUAAUGGACAGUCAUAUUGCGACAUACGAACAGUUGGUUGUAUGAACAAGAGCCAUACCUCUGUGGCAUGGCUCGGGAUUAUUUUCAUUCUUUCUUUGACAUGGAUGUUUCUACAGUUUUUCCGGUCGACUUACCUACAAGCUGCCAAGAAAAAGACUCCCUAG